AUGGAGGGUCUCCUGGAGACCUCUGCACAUCUGCUAUGGACUCAAGAUGGCAUUCCCCAUGACUGGGCGUGCAUUCCGGGAGCCAAUAGCAGCUUCGAGAGCCGCUCACCUAGAGCCGACUACACUUCCCGUCAUGCCCCGCCGCCCGGGGGCUGGGCAGUGGCCGUAAAGCUGUUCGCUCGGUACGAUGCGAGUCCCAGCUCAGCGCCUAUCCUGGGUCCACGGGCGCUACCGCCCCCCGACGCUCCUGUGACGUUUGAUGACAUCACUGUGUACUUACUCCAGGAGGAAUGGGUGCUGCUGAGCCAGCAACAGAAGGAGCUCUGUAGUUCCGACAAGCUGGUGGCACCACUGGGACCAACUGUUGCCAACCCUGAGCUGUUUUGUAAGUUCGGACCAGGGCCAGAGCCAUGGCUUGGCAGCGUCCAGGGCCAGAGGAGCCACCUGGAGCAUCACCAAGGAAAAAAACAGAUGGGCUACAUGGAAGACAUGGGUGUGCAAGGUCCCACCAGGGAGAGUGGACAGUCCCUGCCGCCUAAGAAGAAAGCCCGCCUUUCCCACCUCGGUACGUGCAGUGGACACAUCGAGGGAGACUGGGCAGGAAGAAACAGGAAACUCCUGAAGCCCCGGUCCAUCCAGAAGUCAUGGUUUGUGCAGUUUCCGUGGCUGAUCAUGAAUGAGGAGCAGACGGCUCUGUUCUGCUCUGCUUGCCGAGAAUACCCCUCCAUCAGGGACAAACGGUCAAGACUAAUAGAAGGUUAUACAGGACCAUUCAAGGUGGAGACUCUCAAAUACCACGCCAAGAGCAAGGCCCACAUGUUCUGUGUCGAUGCCUUGGCAGCAAGGGACCCCAUCUGGGCAGCCCGGUUCCGGAGCAUCAGAGACCCAUCUGGAGAUGUCCUGGCCAGCCCGGAGCCACUCUUCACGGCAGAUUACCCCAUAUUCUACCCCCCAGGGCCUCUGGGAGGCUUUGAUAGCAUGGCUGAGCUCCUGCCAAGCUCAAGAGCUGAACUAGAGGACCCUGGGGGGAAUGGAGCAAUUCCUGCUAUGUAUCUGGACUGCAUUUCAGAUUUGAGGCAAAAAGAAGUCACUGAUGGCAUCCACAGCUCCUCAGACAUUGAUAUUUUAUGUAAUGAUGCAGUAGAAUCCUGCAUUCAGGACCCUUCUGCAGAGGGGUUGUCGGAGGAGGUUCCUGUGGUGUUUGAGGAGCUGCCGGUGGUGUUCGAGGAUGUAGCAGUGUAUUUCACCCGGGAGGAGUGGGGCAUGCUAGACAAGCGGCAGAAGGAGUUGUACAGAGACGUGAUGCGGAUGAACUACGAGCUGCUGGCAUCCUUAGGACCUGCUGCUGCCAAGCCAGACUUGAUCUCCAAACUGGAGCGGAGGGCUGCACCCUGGAUCAAGGACCCAAAUGGGCCAAAGUGGGGGAAAGGUCGUCCUCCAGGGAACAAGAAGAUGGUGGCAGUGAGAGAGGCAGACACACAGGCCUUGGCUGCAGACUCUGCGUUGCUUCCAGCCUCUCCUGUGGAGGCCCGUGCCUCCUGCUGCAGUCCCAGCAUUUGUGAAGGAGAAGGAGAUGGACCUAGGAGAAUCAAGAGGACAUAUAGGCCCCGUUCCAUUCAGAGGUCAUGGUUUGGGCAGUUCCCAUGGUUAGUCAUUGACCCCAAAGAGACCAAACUCUUCUGCUCAGCCUGCAAAGAAAGACCUAAUCUCCACGACAAAUCAUCUCGGUUAGUCAGAGGUUAUACGGGGCCUUUUAAAGUGGAGACUUUAAAAUACCAUGAAGUCAGCAAAGCCCACAGGCUCUGUGUGAACACAGUUGAAAUCAAGGAAGACACCCCUCACACUGCCCUCAUUCCAGAGAUCUCCAGCGACCUCAUGGCCAACAUGGAGCACUUUUUCAAUGCCGCCUACUCCAUCGCAUACCACUCAAGGCCCCUGAAUGACUUUGAGAAGAUCCUGCAGCUCCUCCAAAGCACCGGGACCAUGAUAUUAGGCAAGUACCGCAAUCGCACAGCAUGCACUCAGUUCAUCAAGUACAUCUCGGAGACCCUGAAGAGGGAGAUCCUGGAGGACGUGCGGAACUCGCCCUGCGUGAGCGUGCUGCUGGACAGCUCCACUGACGCCUCCGAGCAGGCCUGCGUGGGGAUUUACAUCCGCUACUUUAAGCAGAUGGAGGUGAAAGAGUCCUACAUCACUCUGGCCCCUCUCUGCAGUGAGACAGCGGACGGCUACUUCGAGACCAUCGUUUCUGCCCUGGAUGAGCUGGACAUCCCCUUCCGGAAGCCUGGCUGGGUGGUGGGGCUGGGAACGGAUGGCUCAGCCGUGUUGAGCUGCAGGGGAGGCCUUGUGGAAAAGUUCCAGGAGGUCAUCCCACAGCUGCUGCCUGUCCACUGUGUGGCCCACCGGCUGCACCUGGCUGUGGUGGAUGCCUGCGGGAGCAUCGAUCUGGUGAAGAAGUGUGACCGGCACAUCCGCACCGUCUUCAAGUUUUAUCAGUCGUCAAACAAGAGGCUGAACGAGCUGCAGGAAGGUGCAGCGUCUCUGGAGCAGGAGAUCAUCCGCCUGAAGGAUCUGAACGCAGUCCGCUGGGUGGCCAGCAGGAGGCGCACGCUGCACGCGCUGCUCGGAAGCUGGCCCGCCCUGGCCAGGCAUCUCCAGAGCGUGGCGGAGGCUGGGGGCCAGAUUGGGCACCGGGCCAAGGGGAUGCUGAAGCUCAUGCGUGGCUUCCACUUUGUCAAGUUCUGCCACUUCCUGUUGGACUUCCUGAGCAUUUACAGGCCUCUGUCUGAGGUGUGCCAGAAGGAGAUCGUGCUGAUUACAGAGGUGAACGCCACGCUGGGCCGGGCCUAUGUGGCACUGGAGAGCCUCCGUCACCAGGCGGGGCCCAAAGAGGAAGAAUUCAACGCCAGCUUCAAGGAUGGGCGGCUCCACGGCAUCUGCUUGGACGGACUGGAGGUAGCGGAACAGCGGUUCCAGGCAGACAGGGAGAAGACGGUCCUGACCGGGAUCGAGUACCUCCAGCAGAGGUUCGACGCAGACCGACCCCCACAGCUCAAGAACAUGGAGGUAUUUGACACCAUGGCCUGGCCAAGCGGGAUCGAACUGGCCAGUUUUGGGAAUGAUGACAUUCUCACCCUGGCCAGGUAUUUCGAGUGCUCCCUCCCAACAGGAUACAGUGAGGAAGCUCUGCUGGAGGAGUGGCUGGGCCUGAAAGCCAUCGCCCAGCACCUUCCGUUCUCCAUGCUCUGCAAAAACGCCCUGGCCCAGCACUGCCGCUUCCCCCUGCUGAGCAAGCUCAUGGCCGUGGUGGUCUGUGUGCCCAUCUCCACCUCCUGCUGUGAGCGGGGGUUCAAGGCCAUGAACCGGAUCAGGACCGACGAGAGAACCAAGCUCUCCAAUGAGGUGCUCAACAUGCUCAUGAUGACGGCUGUGAACGGCGUGGCCGUCACGGAGUACGACCCUCAGCCCGCCAUCCAGCACUGGUUCCUGACCUCCUCAGGCCGGCGUUUCAGCCAUGUCUAUGCCUGUGCCCAGGUGCCAGCCCGCUCCCCUGCAAGCGCCAGGCCCAGGAAGGAGGAGUUGGGAGCCCUCUAUGUGGAGUCUGGGAGCCAGAAGCCACCCAUCGUGCCCUCCAGGGAAGCAGUGGAGGUUCUGAAGGACUGUAUCAUGGAGCCUCCCAAGAGACUCCUGUACCCCCACAGCCAGGAGGCCCCCGGGAUGUCCUGAGGGACAGGGAGUCCUUGGGACUGCCUUGGAGACGCCUCUGGGAUCACUGGGACAGGCUCUGCAGAUUCUAGGCUGCCCUAGGAUCUUCUGCUGGUGGCGAUGGUCUCUAAGCACCAGGAAGUGGGCUGUGGCAUCCCGGAGCAGCAGGGGUAUUAGGAGGUGCAUGACCUGUUUCCUGAGGCCCAUUCAGCACAGCCAUGCCUCACAGCACACAAAUGUGCCAGAAGGUUCUAUAUCUCAAGUUCAUUUUUAAGGUGCUCCAGAAAAUAACCCCAUCAUGAAAGGUUUCAGCCCCUGAGUUCUGGUGGCAAGAGGACUGUCCUGGUGGGGGAGACUGUUGGACAUCCCUGGGGAAUGUUCCAGGGAGGCUGCCCACAGCCUAGUGAGAAUGGGAAAGGCCACUUUGUUAGAGGGGAGGCUGACUCUGCUCUAGGGACAGCUGGCCUGGCUGCAGGAGCCCCCAGAGGCAUUGUUCCGGGACUUCCUACCCUGGCUCCCGCAGCAGAAACAGUGAGGCCUCGAUCUCGUGCGGAUCUGUACCUCUUCCCAGGGCUUCCUUCAGGGCGAAACAAUCACAAGCCCUUUGCACAGAGCACCCAAGAAAGUUCUCUUCCUGCAGCUCCAGAUGGUAGAGCUGGGGCUCUUCUGGCAGGGGGUCUGGUGCUUCCCGCAGAGCCCAGCCGCGUUUGACCUGUGGCACGCCCGGCCCGGUUUCCUCAGGAGACGAUGGGACCCAGUUGGAGUUGGGAGGCUUGGGAUGCAGCCCCAGCUCUGCUGCAGGCAGUGGUCUGAUUAAUCCCUUCCUCUUUUCUGUGCCUCAGUUUCCCUCUCCAUGAAGUGGCAGCAGAGAAUCCAAGUGCCUGCUGACUCCCCACCUGCCCUAGGAUUAGUGAAUGAGAGCCUCGGGCUCCCUCAAAGACCUCUGACUGCAGUGUGGACUUACCUGCCUUCCGCCCCAUCCUCGUCCUUAGUGGGACAGGUAGGAAUUUGUCUCCAAAGUCCUUGUUGUAGGAGUUGCUCUCUGAAUGCACCAUCUGCAUGACAGGCUAGUCCACUCUUCUCCGAGUUGCCCUGGGGACUCUGCACCAGGAUCGCCAGGGCCCACUGAGACAUCCCAGAAUGGGGACUCAGUGACAAGGGCUUGGAACAAGCUCCUCCAGGGUCUGUGGGCCUGCUCCAGCUUCAGAACCACAGAAGCACCGCCCUAGAGGCACAGAGGGGCUUCCGGCACUGCUAGGUUCACACCCUCCUUGCCCAUCUUCCACCUAAAGCGAAGCACUUUUCCUUCCGGGGCAGCUCCAUCUUGGCAGGCUCAGAAGGGGGAUGAUUUUGUCUAGGUUCUGCCUUCCUUAACCAUGGGCAGGAAAUAAGGAAAGUCAGCACGCAGGGCUUCUCUGCCCUGCCUGACACUUGUUUUAAACAGGCAGGAAGUGGGUGCCAUCCACCCCAGCUUGCUUGCUGCCUGGCUCAGGCAGGUCCUGUGCUGUGCCGCAGGCCCCUGUGGGUGGGCCCUUUCUCCAUAAUCUGCUGCUUCCCAUUCCCAGGGUAGAUGCUGGCAUCUGAGCACCUGAGUACCCUUCCUAUUCCCAGGGUAGAAGCUGCUGUCUGAGUACCCUUCCCAUUCCCAGGGUAGAUGCUGGCGUCCAAGCCCCUCCCCAGUACUGCAGGUGCCCAGUACCCCAUAUGCCUUUUCAUCCCCCACCCCAGCACUUAGCCUCAGCACUGUUGCUUUCCUGCCGUUUUCAGUUCUAGUCAGGAAUUCCUUUCUUGCUUUCUACCUUUGACCUGUGGAAAUGUCUCCCAGCCCUGUGGGUCUGGCGGUGAGAGGCACGCCUCAGGCCUGUGGUGCGGGAGCUCUGGGAGGUGUUACUAUCCACGUGGCUAAGACGUGCACAGGCCUCCCUCUUUCCAUCACCGUCUCCAUGGGCGUUCAGGAACUUGCCCAGGUCAGGCACUGUGGAUGUGAACUGGUGGAAGGGGAGGGAGAAAGGCUUUUUUAGGUGGGGCUGUAGCCUCUGCCCUACCCACAGGGAUUCCACAUCAAGGUGCUGUUCCAGCACACACGCUUCCCGCGGCCUCUUCAUCCUUGAAGAAUCCCUCAGAGCAGGGGGCCAUCCUGUGAGCAGCCGUGAGUGGGUCUCUGUGGGAGCAGUUCUGGAGCUGAGGUGGAAGCCAGGGGAAGCCCCUCGCCCUCUCCACGUCAGCAUCAGCGUGCUCCGAGGACACCGUCCAGUGCCUUCCUUAGGUGGUGGGAAAAGCGGUCCCCUUGCAGCGGGGCCACUGAGAACACUACCCGAUUUCUCGAGGGGCGCAGGCCUGCUCCGUUCCCCUUUGUCAGCCAAUGACCAAGAAGGAAGAAGAUGACUGCCGUCUCAUUCCUGAACUUCCUCAUUCAGGACUCCCGGGGAAACACAGUGAGCGUCCUUAUCCGAGGGCCCGGCCCAGGCCGGCCCCUCUGCUUUGUUUGGAGAGGCUGGCUGAGUUUCGGCCCCUAGUGCCCGGGGACCCCCUUGUUGGAGAGGCUUCCUGUUCAUGCCUCACAAGAAGAAAAACCACAGGGCUCUAGGAGUGGAAGGAGCACGCACUCCCGCUUUGGCUGGAGUCCCAGCGCUUGUCGCCACCUUCCUCCUUGCCUGUAGUCUUGACAGCAUCCAUAUGUACGUGUCCUGGCAUUUCCCCUCCCUCUCCCUGAUGACUGAUGCCCACCGGGUCUGACAUUCCAAGUAACCAGUAUGUAACUGGUAGUUUGAUCCCAGUAGCCAUAGCGACUCCAGGUGGGAGAGAGGGAGCCAGCCCCCUGUCCUGGAAGAUACCUUAGAGUAUGUGACCACGCUCCAGAACCUUGCUUCUCUCUCCUGCAGAGGGCGGGUUUCUGGGGUGCUAAGUACCUACCAGAACAGCGUGGAGGGGCAGGUACACGAAUUGGCCCUUGGAUGUUCUCUCCUCCAUUUUCAAAGAUGAAAGGAGGUUUUAAAGACCAUGUUUGAUUCCUAACCUUUUGCUACCUGAAUAAAGCAGAGUCUAUUUCAACACA